GCCAACAGUGUCUUUCAUUGUUCAUGGUUGUGUGUGUGUGUAACUCUCUCGGGCUGCAUAAAGACGACGUUCAGAGAGAAAAACUUGCAAUUCAUGGCAUGGAAGAGUCCGCGGACAGCUGCAGCGCUCCGAUCUGUGUCAGUUUAGGUGGAUGAACGGCACACCGCUGUCUAACAUCGAGUUGAAUCAAACCCCCUUUGGAUGGCAGAUUCGUGCUAAUUGGCCCGCGUGGAUCGCAGCAUCAAGAGAAAAUAAAAACCUUCCGCUCGCUCACUGCGCCGUUUCAGAUGCCUUCCACUUCGAGGGAGAGGGACAACCCCUGAGAUAUUUCAACAGGAGGAGCAAGACAGGCGCACAUCUCCGUCGUCUCCCACUUUAUGAAAAGGACACGUCUGUCGGAGGGGCUGAACGGGAAUCAUGGCAGCUACUUUAUCGGCGGAAGAGGAACAGGCCACCAGGCAGUUUCUAGAGGAAAUCAACAAGUGGACCAGUCAGCAUGGAGUGUCUCCGUUGUCCAGGGAACUGGCCGUCAAGUUCCUCAUGGCCCGCAAGUUUGACGUCCUCCGCGCCAUCGAGCUCUUCCACAAUUACAGGGAAACGCGUCUUAAAGAAGGAAUUGUCCGACUCCAGCCUCAGGAGGAGCCCCUGCGCUCGGAGCUGCUCAGUGGAAAAUUUACAGUGUUGAGCGUUCGGGACCCCACAGGAGCCUCCAUCGCCCUGUACACAGCCAAACUUCAUCAUCCCAACAAAACCGGGAACCACGUCGUGCUCCAGGCUCUCUUCUACCUUCUGGAUCGGGCUGUAGAAAGCUUUGAGACCCAGAGGAAUGGCCUGGUGUUCAUCUACGACAUGGCAGGUUCUAACUACACCAACUUUGAGCUGGACCUGAGCAAGAAGAUCCUCAACCUGCUCAAGGGGGCGUUUCCUGCCAGGCUGAAGAAGGUGUUGAUCGUCGGGGCCCCUGUGUGGUUUCGAGUCCCCUACAAUCUGCUCAGCCUGCUGCUGAAGGAGAAACUGAGGGAGCGGGUUCAGAUGGUAAAACUGGCCGAGCUGCGUCAGCACCUCCCCAGAGACUGCCUCCCCCAGCACCUCGGCGGCCUGCUGCCCCUGGACGCGUCCGGCUGGAACCAGCAGCUCCUGGCGGGCCAGAACGGCAGAGUGGACCCCGUGGACGAGCUGGUGGGGAUCCCCGUGGAAGACUCGUCCAUCCACGUGCCCGGGCCCGAGUCCAUGCGGCCGCAGGAGCUGCUGGCGCACCUGGGCAGGCUGCAGCGCUCGGGCGUCUACCAGGAGUACGAGGAGCUGCGCAGGGAGGCGCCUCCUGGAACCUUCCACUGUGCACAAGCGGCCUACAAUCAGGAGAAGAAUCGCUAUGGAGACGUGCUGUGCCUUGAUCAAACAAGAGUUCGUUUAAAACCCUGCAGAAACGAGAGAUCAGACUACAUCAAUGCAAGCUUCAUGGACGGCUACAAACAGAAGAGCGCAUAUAUUGGUACUCAAGGACCACUGGAAAGGACCUAUGGUGACUUCUGGAGAAUGGUCUGGGAACAAAACGCCCUUCUGAUCGUCAUGACAACAAGGACAGAUGAGGGCAGUCGGAGGAAGUGUGGACAGUACUGGCCCCUGGAGGAAGGGGGACAGGAGGUCUACGGCCACAUAGCAGUGGUCAACCAGAGGGUGGACCACCAUACCCACUACAACCACACCACUCUGGAGCUGCACAACACUGAGACGUGUGAGCAGAGACACGUGAGUCACUUCCAGUACCUCAGCUGGCCGGACUACGGCGUCCCCACGUCAGCGGUGACUCUCAUCGACUUCCUGGGUGCUGUGAAGAAACAACAGAGGAAAAUGGUGAAGGCUUUGGGCCCUCAGUGGACCGGCCACCCACUGGGACCGCCGAUUGUGGUCCACUGCAGUGCAGGGAUUGGGAGAACAGGUACCUUCUGUGCCUUGGACAUCUGUCUGUCUCAGCUCCAAGAUGUCGGCUCUCUCAACGUGUUUCAGACGGUGCGUCGCAUGAGAACACAGAGGGCCUUCAGCAUUCAGACCCCAGAGCAGUACUACUUCUGCUACAACGCCAUUUUGGAACACGCCCAGAGACAGGGCCUGCUCCCGUCCAAUCAGUAAAGCCCUGCCCAACGACGGGACAAGCUUCGACAUUUCUGCUGUCAGACUGCUGACCCUGCAGCCAAGUUGGAGGACCAGCCGGCUGGAGAAAGUAGCCUCCUGACUAAAGACGAGCUUUUUGACACGUCGCCAUAACCCGUUUGCAAACCAAGUAAAUGCAUUAAAGAUUAAAGCCUUGAUCGCGAAUGAUCUGUGAUGAUACUGUGGCUGUCAACAAUGUGAUGUUAUGAGUUUGUUGAGAAUAUGCAGAAAAUGCAUCGGUGUGCGUGAAUUGCUCAGUUUUGUCACUGGCAGAACAGUGAGGCAAAAGUCUCCAUCCAUAUCCUUAAACUUUUUCACAUGCCACAUUACUGCCCUAGGCUCAAUGCAUUUGCAAUUUCAUUUGGUAGACCAACACAAAGUGGCGCAUAAUUGUGAAGUGGAAGGAAAAGCACGCAUGUUGUUCAACGUUGUUGACAAGUCAACAUCGAAAAGGUCGAGCAUGGCUUUGUAUUUAUCACCAGUUGUAGAAGCAGUUUUCACUGCGUUGUCAUGUGUAAGUCGCCUGGGCUAUUUUUCUGCCAGCUUUGUAAAUCUAGACACUGAAAACUCUCCUGUUUUGUCUUUGCUAAAUAGUAUAAGGUCAGUCAGAUCGAACAGAGAGCAUCUUUGAACAUUGACUUGCAAUUAUUGCCAAAAACUGUCAUUUGGAUGUAGUUCUGUACAUUGACCGGGACAUAGUUACUCACAAAUGGGCAUUGACGUAAACCAUUCAAUUACAGCUCUAACCAUGUGUUAAGUGUCAUUGUGCGGCUGGAAAAUGAACCUUUAUCAUAGUCUCAAGUCUUUUCAAACCUCUUCCAGGUUUUCUGCCAGGACUGCCAUUUAUUCAGCUCCAUUCAUUACCCAUUUAGAUAAAAAAAAAAUUCUACUUCACAGUCGGGUUACUUUGUGUUGGUCUUCUUUACAAAACCCAAAUAAAAUACAUUGAGACAACGUUGAAAACUUGCAAAGCCCUGUAUUUAACCUCCCUUUAUUUAAUUAAUAAUAAAAAAUGUUAACUUUUCACUGAUGGGACUUUAAAGGGUUAAUUCACCUCAGAAUAAGUGUGUCUGCUGCUCCUUUUAAUAAAGCAACGCAACAUUACACCUUAAACAUGAACACUGUCCUGACAUUGCAACAACUGCUUGAACAUUUCCUCUUAGAGCUGCUGUAGAAUUUACCACGUAUGUUCACGGCCAAAUAAACACCCUUUAGUCUUGAGCGUUUCUGUAUAGCUGAAAUUUACUGCAGUUUUUGGGGUGAUGUACUCCUUAAACCAGUAGAGUUCGAACCAAACGCCUGUUUUAUUGUGCCGUCUCAAUAACGAGGUCAUUUCUUUUCCCACCCUUAGUGUCUUGUGAAUGCAAACGUUCAGCACAAUGCGUAUUUAGUCCACGGUGAAUGUCACGAGGAAUUGUGGAGGUUUUCAGAGGUUGGUUAGGUCACACAUUUGCUGCCAAAUGUCAUAUUUAUCGAAAAAUGAUGACUUUAAAUUAGCAUAUUUUCUUCCUGUCAAAGUGAAAAGAGUGAAAGCACAUCUCAUGAUUUGAAACCUGACCACUCCCAAAUGGCUGCUACAUAUUUUGACUGAUUGCUCAUAAAAUUGAAAUCUGCCCACCCCCCACCCUCCCUUUUUUUUUUUUCUACGAUAUUGGAGCAGUAAAACCCAGAAGCUUCCACUUUGCCUGAUAUAUUAAAAGCUUUCGGCUGCCUUAGCUGUGUAUCAUUGUACUGCACAGACUCUUGUUUAAGGCAGUGCCUAUCACAGAAGUGUAAAUCGGUGUAAGACCUCACGAAUAGUGCAAUACCUUUUUUUUAUGCAUAAAUCGUGUCUUAGCACUUUUUACAAAUUUAAAAAAAAAAAAUCCCGACGCGUUCUGCCGUUUCGGCGUGGUAAUGGGAGGAGAACGUUAACUUCAGAUAACUGUAUGGUCAACAUGUGAUGCUGGGAUUCGUUGCUCGUUGUAUAUUUAGUGAAGCUGUAACUGUAAAACAUGAAGAUAUUUACUGUUAUCAUCUGCAUAGCGCUUUAUUGGGGCUAAUGAAAAGGACGGGACGGGGGAAACCAGACCGGCAAUGACGACUUGAAAAGUCAAGUUAAACAAGCACAAACGUGUGCCAACCACAACCUACAAGUCCUCCUUGGACACUUGAGAGUCAAGACUAGUCCGUGCUUUCAUUAUGUCCCAGUAUAUUGCCAUCAUUAUAGUACAUGUACAAAGCUCCGUUUGUGUGUCGUUUGUGUUACGCUCUUUACUCCAGAGUUCAUAUUGAAUUUGCUGGCGGUGAAGCAAUUUUUUUAAAGCCUGGAAUUUUCACCUACUCUGAUCUUAGAAUUAGUUCUACUUCCAACGACGGACACAAAAAUGUGCCGCUUUAUUUUUCUAUUAUAUUCAGCAACUGUUUUCAUACAAAUAUGCAGUUACCAUUAAUUUUAUAUUUGUUCUGUUAUAACAUUAUGUUUCCACUCUGUAUGGUAUUUCGUUGUGCAUUGAUUCAUGCUAUACUGUAAUAAACACAAACUAUGUCAGCGUGUAUCUUA